AUGUACCGGGGCCGGGAUCAAGCCUAAAGUAAUACGUGGGUUGGGGUUCCCGCAUUCGCUUCGUUUGGUCACACAAAACAAUAAAGAGAAUCUUGUCGGGGCUUUGGUUAAUUCAGAGACGACCAGACGCUGGAUCGGUGAGGAGAUUUGCUCGUUUUCUCUCAUCACGAGACGAUAAAAAUGACCGUGCCCAUGUCGAUCGGAUUGACGUUGUUGCUACUGGCAGCAACGGGAGUGCAAUGCUUUUACUCGUCCGAUUCUGGCGUUGUCGACCUGACGCCCAGCAAUUUCGAGAGCAAAGUCGCGGACAGCGAAAACAUUUGGAUCGUCGAAUUUUAUGCGCCCUGGUGCGGGCACUGCAAAAGCCUCAAACCUGAAUAUGAAAAACUGGCCAAGGCACUCAAGGGAAUGAUCAAAGUCGGUGCCGUCAACGCCGACGAGCACAAAUCCCUGGGCAGCCGGUUUGGGGUCACGGGUUUCCCAACUAUUAAAAUCUUUGGGGCGAACAAGAAGAAGCCCGAGGAUUACAGUGGUCCGCGCACAGCUGCCGGCUUGAUCGAUGCUGCCUUCAAUGCUGCCAAGGACAAGGCUCAUGCAGCUAUAGGUGGCAAGAAAUCUGGCGGUGGAUCCAAGUCCCAGGGCAGCACUGACUCAAAGGACGUGGUUGAACUCACGGACGACAACUUCAACAAACUGGUCUUGGAAUCUGAGGACUUGUGGCUGGUCGAGUUCUUUGCUCCUUGGUGUGGACACUGUAAGAAUCUUGCUCCCCACUGGGCUAAGGCAGCUACCGAGCUCAAGGGCAAGGUCAAGCUUGGCGCUCUCGAUGCCACAGUUAACACUGCCAAGGCUAGUGAGUAUGGAAUACAGGGCUACCCGACAAUCAAAGUCUUCGGUGCGGGCAAAAAGGACAAGGACUCGGCCGAGGAUUACAAUGGUGGCCGAACCAGCUCCGACAUUGUCAGUUGGGCCUUGGACAAGCUCUCGGAAAGCGUGCCGGCGCCUGAAAUCGUUCAAAUCGUCAACGAAGAGAGCUUAAAACGCGGCUGCCAAGACAAGCCACUCUGCAUUGUCUCGAUACUGCCGCAUAUUCUCGACUGCCAGUCCGACUGCAGAAACGACUACCUGAAGAUCCUGAAUAACCUUGGAGAGAAGUUUAAGAAGAACAUGUGGGGAUGGGUGUGGGCUGAAGCCAAUGCUCAACCCGAAAUCGAAAAGGGUUUGGAGAUCGGUGGCUUCGGUUAUCCAGCUUUGGCUGCCGUCAAUAUCAAAAAGAAGAAGUAUUCGAUACUGAAGGGCAGCUUUUCUGAAAGCGGCAUUCACGAGUUCCUUCGUGACCUUAGCUUCGGCCGAGGUAGUACAAUAGAACUUAGAGGCACAGAACUGCCCAAGAUCUACGAAACUGAGCCUUGGGACGGUAAGGACGCCGAACCACCACAGGUAGAGGACAUUGAUCUUAGCGAUGUUGAUCUCGACGACAACAAGGAUGAACUUUAAAAAGUUACAGCGCGCCCCCAUCAUCAAAAUGAGACUGAAUCUUAACUGAUCCUCCUUUUUAAACAUUAUUGCAUAUUGUUUUCUCGUUUUAUACUGUGCGCAAACGAGCAAUGAAAAACAGAAAAGAGAACAUAAUUUUUAUGUGCACGAAUUGCGUGUUUUGGGCUUUUGCAUGUACUUUGAAAUAGGUUCUUGUAGCGAUUGUGCGUCUUGUCAAAUGUAUUCAACUUUUUUGAAUUUUAAUUUAUUACUGCUAUACUACAAUAGAAAAAAAAAGUCUUGCUCUACAGUAAGGCAGUGUGAUAAGACAUUAGUCGAGGUUUUAUGGUACCAAAGUACCGAGAGUAACUUUUGUAUCAUAUAAAUGCAUUACAAGUUAUUUUCAGUUCAAUUAAAUGGAAAUGUAUUGAACUCCAACACUCAAAAUGAAACAAAAAAUUCUCCAAAGUGCAAAAUUGAAAGUAAGUAUUUAUCAAAAUUACUGCAUAUCUGAGGAAGUAUAUAACAAAUGGCCUACAAUUUAUUGCAGUAUUGUUUAUGCGGCUGUCAGUAAUACUUGUAGAAUUCAUUGAGUACUUAAUAACCGUUUUGAUAUUCAAAGACCAAACACUAGACUAACUUUUGGAUUUCAGAGCCACCACGUAAUUCGCAUGCAAUUAAUUUUUCUGCGUCUUUUACACACGUUGAAAAAAAAUUCAAGAAAAUAAAUUUUUUUAUUAAUAAUAAAAAUUAGCCGUCGUGUAGAAACGCACGUAGUAAUGUAAGAGACUAGAAAACAUACGCCAACAUUGCAUCUCUUCCAAUAAAAAUUAGUUUAUAUUAAAAAGUCAGUUGUGGCAUUAAAAACGAAUCAGCAAUGGACAUUCCGUGCUGUCGAAAAUUAUUUAUCUUUCGUUUUCGACUAUUUUUAUACUGAUGAUUGCGCUUUUGUAAUUUUUGAACUAUCAAUAUUCAGAUCGUUGAGCAUUAAUAAAAAAAUAAAAUAAAAAGAAAAAUAGAAAAAAACCUUCAUUACAUUAUAAGGAAUUAAGAAAAGAAAGUGUUUUUUUUUUUUUUAAUAAAAAUGCUAUGAAAGAAUACUAGGACGUACUAAUUAAAAACAUUCAAUUCAACCAAUAGAUAUCCAUAAAAAAAUCAUUUUUUUCUUCCCUAGUCUCGAAAGAUUUAUUUGCUAUACUUUUAUGGUUACAUUAAUUUACAAUUUCAACACAUACUCUCUAUUCAUGCCUCUUGAGUGGGUUUGCCAACUAAAUAUGUAUGUAUAAGUUUGAUAAACUCACUAAUGUAGGUUCUAAUGAUCCUCAAAGACGUGAUGAAACCUUUUUCUUCGGCAUUUAAGAUUUUGUUCAAAACAAGACAUUUUGAGGAACUGAAACAUGCGGUCUGCAAUUUCCUCAAGGUACUUAUUUCCGGGGUGUUUUGAUAUUUUUAUGUGCCACUGUAGGUGACAAAACGUAGGAUUUUCAGACUUAAUACAAACACAAGUUGAUUGAAAAUCAUUUCAUAUGAAUCACCAAGUCGAAUUUUUGUAAGCGCUUUUAAAUUUGAAUAAUAAGCGUAGAUUUAUCACGAAUUCAUGAAUAUAAGCUAAUCCAAGACGUCUUCCAAACAAUAAGCUCAAAUCAUUGUAUGGUGUAUGCUAGAAAAAAAAAGUAUGUUCGAAUCACGUGUACAUGUUAACUAAGCACAGUUAUGA